CCACCGGGCGGACGAAGCAAUAGCUCAUGCCAAAUAUGCCAAAGCGCUAGCCAAAAAAUGGUUCAUGAAAAGCGCUUCAGCAGAGAAGGAUCAGGCGAAGCGGAUACGAGUGCAAUACAAUCGGAAGAUGACAUUGCAAGUUCGACACAGCUCAAUUGGAAAAAUGGUGUGCUGAGGCAGAGCAUUCUGCUUCAAAGUUCAAACGUUCAGGUCUGAAGCGCAUGAAUUGAAAAUGGCGCUGCACAGCCUUGAAGCGAGGGGAAGAGGUUGGGAAGAAGGAAUGAUGAAAAGGCUUAAUGAGGGGGAAAAAAGAAGCUUUGGAAUGCUGGAUAUGCGGAGGGCUUUAAACAGGCGAAAGCUUCAGCAAUGAAAGAAGGUAUCCAGAUAGGUAAGCGCGAAGGUCGCGAACAAGGACGCAAC